CACGCGUCUUCCCGUGCAAAGCCAAGAAACCAACCCAAGUAAGCCAGACGAAGAGGAAGAAGCGGCAGCGGCAGCUGCAGCUACCCAACUAAGCUUCUUGGGAAGGAGGAGGAAGAAACGGAGAUCGGAGGCGGAGGCGGAGGCGGAGGCGGAGGCUCCAAGAAGAAGGAGGCGUGGGUGAGAGCAACGGGCCAAGGCGGCGGCGAGAGCAAGGAGGAGGAGGAGGAGGAGGAGGGGAGGCCGAAUCGGGCGAUCGAUCGAUGGCUCGCCGGCCGGCGACGUGGGAGCAGGGCGGCGACGAGUACGACUACCUGUUCAAGAUCGUGCUGAUCGGCGACUCCGGCGUGGGCAAGUCCAACCUCCUCUCCCGAUUCACCCGCAACAGCUUCUCCCUCGACUCCAAGUCCACCAUCGGCGUCGAGUUCGCCACCCGCACCAUCGAGGUUGAAGGAAAGAUUGUGAAAGCCCAGAUAUGGGACACCGCCGGGCAAGAACGGUACCGGGCAAUCACGAGCGCCUACUACCGCGGCGCCGUGGGGGCGCUGCUCGUCUACGACGUCACAAAGGCCACGACUUUCGAGAACGUGAAGAGGUGGCUCAAGGAGCUCCGAGACCACGCCGACUCCAACAUCGUCGUCAUGCUCAUCGGCAACAAGAUCGACCUCAAGCAUCUCCGAUCAGUGGCCAUGGAGGAUGCGGCGAGCUUUGCAGAGAGGGAGGGCCUGUCCUUCGUCGAGACCUCUGCGCUCGACGCCACGAACGUGGACAAAGCUUUUCAGACCGUCCUCACUGAGAUCUACAGAAUCAUCAGCAAGAAGGCAUUGGCUUCAGAUGAGGCUGCAGCUGGUGGUGCUGGCGCUGUCAGAGAGGGCCAAUCUAUUCAACUCUCCACGACAGAUUCUAGCAGUUUUACAUCAAGAUGCUGCUCUUUCUAGCCGUCGAUGUUUGUUUCAGGCGGAUUGCUUGAGGUGAUCCUCUUUGUAAUUGUCAAAAAAUGUGGUGUCAUGCAACAAAAAUAAAGGAUUACAUUCGGGA